GGAGCUAUUGUGGAAGUGGCCACGAAUUUGAUAGGUCUGUUUGAAUUUUGAAAUAUUAUUCAAUUCGUGAUUUGAUUUUAAUUUUCAAUUUCCUAUUUCAGUUAUCAGUCAGAUUUCAAUUUCCAGUUAUAUUCCGAACAUUUUUUCUAGUUGUGCCGUGUCGUGUCGUUUUAAUUAUUACGUGGUCUUUUUCAAGUGGUUAAUGUAAAUGGUUGAUCAUAUUAAGUUUAUAGGCACUUGCUUGGCCUAAAAAUUAUAUGCUUUUGAAUGUACUUUGGCAAUAAAAAUAUAUUUUCCUCCAAUUAAGCCAUUGUGAAAAUUAAGGCUCUAUUUGGCUCAAUUAUGUCUGUAACAAAUCGAAAGAAACCUGUUGAGAAAGAGCAAUUGAUUGAAAAUGGUGAAUUAAAUUCUAAUGAGAGAAGUAACAUAAAAGGUGAUGAAUGGAAUAUAGCAGUGCUGUUAUUCUUAUAUGCUCUACAAGGUAUACCACUUGGUUUGGCUGGUGCAGUGCCUAUGUUACUGCAAAAUCGUGGCAUCACAUAUACACAACAAGCUGAAUUCAGUUUUGUCAAUUGGCCCUUUAGUGUAAAGUUACUAUGGGCUCCAGUUGUGGAUGCACUAUUUCUACCAAAAUUUGGAAGACGGAAAACCUGGCUAGUACCAAUACAAUACCUUAUAGGAAUAGUGAUGAUAAUAAUGUCAUUAAAUAUUACCGAAUGGCUUGGAUCAGAGGAAAAGGCUCCUACUAUGACACUAUUGACAAUGUCUUUCUUAUUUCUAAACUUCCUGGCUGCUACACAAGAUAUAGCAGUUGAUGGUUGGGCCUUAACUAUGCUUAAACGGUGUAAUGUUGGACAUGCAUCCACUUGCAAUACAGUGGGCCAAACUGCUGGUUUCUUUCUAGGUUAUGUCCUAUUUUUAGCCCUCGAAUCUCCAUACUUUUGCAAUAAAUACAUUAGAUAUGAACCACAGGAGACUGGGCUUGUAACAUUAGCUAGUUUUUUGCUAUUUUGGGGCUGGAUAUUUAUUAUAACAACAACAUUCAUAGCUAUAUUUAAGCAUGAAAAGAAUGAAGAAGUUGAUAUGUCAAAUGAAAGCAAAGGCGUUAAGGAUAUUGUGAAUGCAUAUCAACAGUUAUAUACAAUUGUAAAGUUACCAGCAGUGAGAACAUUAGCACUUGUUUUGUUUACAGCAAAGCUUGGUUUCUGCGCAAGUGAUGCAGUAUCAGGAUUAAAACUUGUUGAGGCUGGAGUGCCGAGAGAAGACCUGGCACUAUUAGCUGUACCUUUGGUUCCUGUGCAGAUAAUUAUGCCUGUGAUCCUAGCCAAACAUACAACCGGUCCCCAACCACUAUCACUAUGGCUUCGAGCAUUUCCCCUUCGGCUCCUUGUGGGACCAAUCGCCGCUGCACUAGUGGCCAUUACCCCAAGCCUUUUGGGAAAUUCUGGGCCAUCUUACUUCUAUCUUUUUCUAUUGAUGUGUCUCUAUGUAUUUCACCAGACUUGCCUCUACUGUAUGUUUGUGGCAGUGAUGGCAUUCUUCGCGAAAGUUUCGGACCCAACAGUUGGUGGCACUUAUAUGACGUUACUCAAUACCGUGUCCAACCUUGGUACCAAUUGGCCCAAUACGUUGGCACUUUGGGCCGUUGAUAGGUUGACGUAUAGAACGUGUACGGCUGAGAAUUUGAGUGAUAAUACUUGUUCGUCGGAGUUAGAAACUGAGGUAUGCAAAACUAGCGGUGGUACAUGCAAUGUACGCAUGGAUGGUUUCUAUAUAGAGACAGUGAUAUGCCUUAUUAUUGGUUUCAUUUGGCUCCAGUGGGGCCGAAGGACGAUACUGCGCUUACAACGGCUGCCAUCAAGCGCUUGGCAGAUUGGACGGCAUAGAUAAAGACUGAUUAGUACAAUUCACGCAAACUAGAUGGCGCUGUAACAAAAUGUUCUCGCUGUAAUAAUACUUGAAAAAGGACAUGUUUUACCGUUUUAAUCAGCUGGUCAUGUGGCAGUAAAUAUAGAAUGACUAACAAUAGUAUUUACAAUAAUUAUCUCAACAAGAAAUGUGUAAGCAACAUGGUCAUAGAAUUUAGCACUAUCACUCUCUAUUAUUUAAUAUACCUAGUCUUGACGACUUACAGUUGUAAAUGUCAAUUGUCAUAUGACCUAGUCAUAUAGUGGCACAAAAUCGUUACUAAAUUAUGUCAAAACUUUUUCAUCGUAAUGAUUUCAUUAUAUGCUGGGAAAGAAAAGCAGUCAUAAGAACACGCUUUUUUACUUUUGCGUGUUGACAUUAUGAAUGUCAAAUUUCAUGUUUAAGGUUACGUCCAUUCAAGUAUUGCAUAGACAAUUUAUAGAGUAAGAUCUAAUCUCCUAAAGGUACGUUUGAACAUUUAUCAUAAUUUCAAAAGCUUUAGAUUUUACUUGCAUAAAUUAAUAAGUAAAUACAAAUUAAUUUAUAGAAUAGUAAUAAAUUUUUAGUUUAUAUAUGGUUAUAUAUUUUUCGUAAGAGCGGUCGGGGCUUUCCGUCACUCCUUUGUGUGUAUAUUCUGUGGUAAAUUGAAUUGGUUGUGUUUUAUAUAGUGAAUAUUUAUUUUAUUGGCAAUAAGUUAAUAGAUACAGACUGCCUCUUACCAUUCCAUUAGCAUAAUACACUCUAUCUUUUAUCUUAAAUGCAAAUGCGUUGUCAAGAAUACUAGUAAUAAAGUAGUUACUUUGUUGCGUUCAAAACGAUCAAUCUCUCAGAAUAUUGACAAAUAUUUGAUAAAGAAAAUGGCAAUAGUUUAAUCAUGUUAAAAUUUAUCUCAUACGAAAGCACAAGCUUCAUUUAUAGAGCACAAGUUAAUUAGUUUUAUUUCAAUCUAUUAAUUAUCUGGUGUUUAUUUUACUUAAUACUUUUUUAAACGGAAAAUUAUACGUAAAAUUUUAAUAUAGUCUAUGGCAAGAGUUGUUCCAAUCAGAAGAAUAAUAAUCUGUGGUACUUUGUCACUGUAAGUAUACCCGCGAACUUUUGGACACGCAAAAUCUUGCCAUUUAAUGUUAUUAUAUGUUUAACUGUUAAUAGGUAAACGUUGAUUAUUUUAAGUAAAAUUGUACGGGUUCAUAUGGAACAUAGUCGAAGCUACGCAUUCGUCCAUUACUCGCGUGGAGCUCAUAAUAGAUAUGUAUAUGUAAUCGUCAAAUUAUGAAUAUACUUACAUUUUAUAUCUUUCGAUAUUCUAAACGCGAACAGUUGUGAUCUUUAACAUAUGGUUCAUCAUUAAAUUGUAAUCCUUAAUACCGUAUUAUUUUGAAAUGGCAAUGUUUCAAAUCAUAAUGUUUGUCUUCGAUUUAACAAAACUUAAUUUAAAAAACAAAACUAAAUAAGAUGCAAUAAAAUGAGGGCCCCAUGUUACAGUUCAUAAAUUUUUAACAUUUUACAAUAUUGCGAGAUAAAUUGUGAUGUAACAUGUUUAAAAAUCCCAUUCUCACUAAGGAAAAUUGCUAAAUUAAUGAGGUCGGACUCGGAAGAUCUACUAACAGUAACAUACAAAGAUUUAAUGAAAAGUAAACCACUAAUUAUUAUUACCACCGUUUCACCUCUUACCCUAACUGGCUUUGAAGCAUUAAUGGCAUACUUCUAAUUCUGUUUAUAUUAAAUGUCAAAACUAACCAAAAAUAACUAACUAUAUGUCUAAAAGCAAUUUACCUAUCAACUUGAUAUUAUAAUUAUUGAUAUUCUCGUACAAUAAUGCAAUUACUAAAUCUAUAAAAUAGAUUUUUCAAUGACAAUUUCUAGCUAAUUUAUUCAUAUAGAAUUAUGUAAGUAUUAAUUUGUAUAUAUAUUGUAUGUAUAAUAUAUGCAUAUGUAUAACUCCAAAUAAAGUACAUAAUGAAUUGA